AUGGUGAAGCGGUGCCCUGGUAACAAAGAAGCGAUAAUAUGGUAUGUUGAAUGUCUAGUGCGCUAUUCCUAUAGAUUUUUCUCCUCUCUCAUGGACCUAUCACCUUCUAUUUAUAUGAAUAAUACUGCAAAUGCAACGGGCUUUGAUAAAUAUGAAAAGAGUCUGGCCGAGACUUUCGACAAUCUGAAUGCGAUGCUUUCAAAUGUUUCUAACCACAAGUAUCCAGCUACAGAAGUUAAUGUUUCAAAUUUCAUGACGCUCUCAAUUGCUGCAAUCCCAUCUUUCGCGACUGGAAAACAAGGUGCGAGAGUUUUACGACCACGCUGUAACAUCAGGUAUGAGAUAUAUCCAUUUUAUGGAAAACCUCGAGACGAAUCAACAAACACUACGAUAAUCAAGCAUCCUGGAGUUGAAUCAGAAGCAUCCCUUCCUUCACUAAACAAACCAAGUGGCUCAAACGACUUAGCAGGUGUCAAACAAGGCGAAUCAAAGUGGAUUCCUAUUGUUGCAAGUUUAUCCGGGAUUUUUGGUGUCACUCUGCUCUGUUCUGUUCUAGAAGUAUUUUCCUUUGGAGAAGGAGAAAUUUUCAAGUUACUUGAAUUAGGAGGAAGAGUUGGCGACGAGUACUCAGGUGAAAAUUUUCAAGGUAAGAGUGGGGUGAGAUUUCAGGAGUUCCCUUCGAUUCAGUUAGAUAUAUUACAAACAGCAACGAAACAAUUUUGUGAUGAAAAUAAACUUGGAGAAGGUGGAUUUGGCCCUGUAUACAAGGGUAAAUUGGCAGAUGAUUCAAGCAUUGGUAUGCAACUAGAUUGGCCGAAGAGCCUCAGCAUUAUUAAUGGCAUUGCCCGAGGCAUCAUGUAUUUACAAGAGGAUUCUCGUCUUAGAAUUAUUCAUAGGGAUCUUAAAGCUAGCAAUGUUUUGCUAGAUCACGAGAUGAACCCAAAGAUAUCAGAUUUUGGAAUGGCAAGAAUUUUUGGUGGAAAUCAAAGCGAAGCAAAUACAAAUAGAGUGGUUAGAACAUAUGGACACAUGACACCAGAGUAUGCUAUGGAACGACUUUUUUCCAUCAAAUCCGAUGUUUUCAGUUUUGGAGUCCUUUUACUAGAGAUAAUAAGCAGCAAAAGGAACAAUGGCUUUCAUCAUUCAGAGUGUGGUGAAAGCCUCCUAACGUUUGCAUGGAAACUAUGGUCUAAAGGUCAAGGAAUGGAGCUAACAGACCCGCUCCUUGUUCAGUCGUGUGUGGCCACUCGGGUUCUUAAAUGCAUCCGCAUCGGCUUGUUGUGCGUCCAAGAAGACCCACCAGACAGACCUACCACGUCAUCUUUGAUUGUCAUGUUGGCAAGCGAGACCAUAACACUUCCUUUACCGGUAGAACCUGCAUUUUUUAUUGGACGUGUUGUUGCAGAACCAAUUCAAUCCACUUCAAAUGAUAGAGUCUAA